CUGCCCACGGUAUAUUGGCCACUGGACGAGUCCCCGUGGAAAGAAGUGUCAGUGUCCCUGCAGAGGAUGGCCAACUUGGAGGAACCUUUCACCAAAGAGAGGCCUCCGAGUGCAGCUUCGAGUGGGGUCGAGCCUGUCUGCCCAGUCUGCGAUCGUGAGUUCAAGAUGCAUUGCCACAUGGUUCGCCACCUGCGCAGUGUGCACAGCGUGAACCCAGCCACCUUCCCGGAUAUGCCGCAAAGCCAGAAUCAGCAGGGGCUUCAAAAAGGUCACGCGAAGCGCACGACGUCCCAAGUAAAAGCUGUGCAGAAGCGGCAAGGCCAGUUGACCAAAAAGGCAGCAGCAGAAGGAGCAGCACAGCACCAGUUGCCCAAAGCAGCCGCUGCCGUGGCAUCUGUCAGCACUGUCUCAAAGGCAUCAACGUCUAAGGCAAAGAAGCCCAAGCCAGGUGACUCAGCACAGCAGCCGUCAUCCAGCCAGCGAGUCACUGGUGGCAGCAGCAGUAAGGCUGCAUUGUCAUGCCAGUGGUGUGGCCUUGUGUUCGACUCCCUGCGGGGCUUGGUGAAGCACGAGCAGGUGCACCUGUGGAAGAAGGCCGUCAACAAGCCUAAGUGCUCCAGGUGUGGCAGAAUCUACAAGUACCCGAGUGGACUGGUGCGACACAGGCUCACCUGCACCAAGACAGCCAUCAAGCCAAAGACAUCUGGUGCCAAGGCGUACAAGUGUAACAAGUGCAAGGCUGUCUUUGACAACCAGGUCAGCCUUAGCAGGCACAAGGGAUCACACACGAGAAAAGCACGGGCUGCAUCCAGAAGUCAAGUGCCAUGCCAGUGCAACCUGCAAAGCUGCAAAGUGUGCAGAUGGUACGAGAAAGCCAGUGGGGAUGUUGCCAACAACAGUGACGCAGGCAGCUUCUACAUGUGCCACCUGUGUCCACAGGUGGAACGCACCAAGGCGAAUCUGACCACCCACCUAAUUACAAAGCACUUAAGCAUCUCCAAGUUCAAUUGACAUCCUGUUGACCUGAGCAGUGCAAAACAGACGCGCAGAAAUUUGGGGAAGUUAGAGUGGGAAACAAGCCCAUUUAACAGGCGGGCGAACAAAUGUACACGCUGAGUGGCUGUGUGCCACACUCAGCAGCUCCUUUCUCAAACACAGAAACACAUGCACACACACACACACACACACACACACAAAAAGGAAGACGUCGACUGCCAAGUGUGCAGGUGUUGUUCCCCAGUCUAUCAAGGAGUGGUAUCUCCCAAUGAUUACAGAGUCAAACACAGUUAUUUCUAACUAACAGUGGAACUAACUUAUUGGAAACUAACAGUGUUAAGAGAACGCAAUUUAAGCAAAGUAGGCAAGUUGUUUGUCGGCCAUAAUUGAUCCAAGCAUCUGUACAUCACUAGCUCACACUUUGUUUUCAAACAAAUGUGCUACUGUAAAAGCACUACAUUUUCAUGCCUGUCAGUGUGCAGGUAUGCCUGUUUGCAUUUUCACAGCACGUGUUCUUGUUUCCAUUGUUCAUAUCACUCAUAGCUCUUUGGUGGUGUGUUUAAUUCAAAUAAAUAUAG